AUGGGUGUACAUGGCUGGCUGGAGUGCCUGACUCGUUGUAUAGUCAUCGCUUACAGACUCUAUCAGGAGACGGAUGAAGUUAACAGCUCAGUUCGCACUAGUGUGAAGGGAGUGGCUUACACAAACGACAGGAUCGGCGAUACAGCAGAAUACACUAUAUCAGUGCAGGUGAUAAACUCUUUUUUUGUGAUGACCAACAUCAUUAAGACAGAGAAUCAGCUUGAGCAGAGGUGCCCUGAGUAUCCCUUCACCAAAGCUAUCUGCUCUUCAGACAAGUCCUGUGAAAAAGGGAGUGUAGAUAUCCACAGUCAUGGAAUUCAAAGAGGAAGAUGUGUGAAUUAUAAUGCAACUGUUAAAACCUGUGAUGUCAGGGUAUGGUGUCCUGUCGAAUCCAUGGAAAAAGACCCUGAGGAAUUAAUUUGAUGUUUCUUUUUUAGGCCUGCUGUUCUGAGGAGUUCUGAAGACUUCACUGUGCUAACAAAGAACAACAUUCACUUCCCAAAAUUUAAUUACACCACACUAAAUAUUCCACCAAAUUUAAAUACUUCCUGCACAUGCAGCAAGAUAACUUCCCUGCUCUGUCUAAUUUUCCAUCUGGGAGAUAUCCUUCAGGAAGCAAAAAAGAAUUUUUCUGAAGCAGCAGUAAAGGGAGGAAUCAUUGCCACUGAAAUUAACUGGGACUGUAACUUGGACAGCUGGUUUUACGACUGCAGUCCAAAGUAUGGUUUCCGCCACCUUGAUGACAAAAAAAAUAAGCCUGGAUUCCACUUCAGAUAUGCAAGGUACUACAAGCUACCACAUGGGAAGGAGCAGAGAACCCUUUUCAAAGUCUACGGAAUACGGUUUGAUGACCUUGUCUUUGGCACAGUUAGAAAAUAUAAUGGCAUUGAACUCAUUAAAAACAUUGGGUCCAUAAUUUCCUAUUUUGGUUUGUUGAGAGACUUAUUUUUUGUGUUAAUAAAACCAGUUCUGGAGAUACAGUCUCAUUAUGAAAGUGGAAUCACUACUUGCUUUUUUUUCCACGUGCAGGUUGUGAGUGCCAUUGAAAUUGCUCUUUGUGUCGGUCAUUGCUCCAGCUGCAGCAAAUCACCAUUCUACAAAAUUUACAACAGGAAAAAGUAUGAGACUGUGCUGAAUCCAGGACAGGUGAUGUAUGUGUCCUAUGUUGAUGAGCCACACAUUACCUUGAUAAAGAAGCCUCUGAAAACAAGCUUGCAGCAUGCUCAAGGCAGCAUUGUUGAGAGCCACCCUGUGAAAUUCUGUGAUGCUGGCAGCUGCUGCAACAGCGAUGAGUCCAACGAGAACCGUGAUACUGAAGAAUACGAGCUGGGGCAACCUCUCAGACAAGGGGCCUCUUCCCCAGACUGCCAAAAGUGGUGCGGCUGUGGCAAAUGCCAGCCAACACAAAAGUACCAUGAGCAGCUCUGCUGCCGAAGAAGAAAAGGGCAGUGCAUCACAGCCUCCCAUUGGUUUCAGCAGCUGCUGCUGUGCAGUCACACCCUGAAGAAAGCCCUUCUCUACAAAGACCCCUUUCUGGACUUGAUGGAUGGCAAUGUCAACAACCAGCUGCGUCACCUUGCUUACAAGCGAUACGUUCGCUGGUGCUUUGGUUCUUCUGAUGUGGAAGACAGAGCCAUCAUCCCAAGCUGCUGCAGGUGGAAAAUUAGAGAUAAUUAUCCCAAAGCAGCCAACAAUUUUACUGGUUUUAAGAUGGGAUAA